AUGGAGCGGAACAGUUCGACAAUGGCACUACAUACCAAUUCAAAAGCUUCAUUCGAAUUUGAAGCAUACAUGGCCAUGAAGGCCAAAAAGAUUAACAAAAUGCUUGAUGAAGCAAUACCAUUGCGACAUCCAUUAAAACUUAAUGAAGCAAUGAGGUACUCUCUUCUAGCUGGUGGCAAACGUGUACGUCCCAUUCUUUGUAUUGCUUCAUGUGAACUAGAAGCAGGUGAUGAAUCAUUAGCAAUGCCAAUAGCUUGUGCUAUAGAAAUGAUACGUACAGCAUCAUUAAUCCAUGAUGACCUUCCUUGUAUGGACAACGAUGAUCUUCGAAGAGGUAAACCAAGAAACCACAAAGUUUUCGGUGAAUCAACCGCCGUUCUUGCUGGUGAUGCAUUUCUUUCCUUUGCUUUCGAACACAUUGCUUGUAACACAAAUAACGUUUCACCAGAUCGUUUGGUUCGAAUUUUUGCCGAGUUGAGUUCAGCGAUAGGAUCAAAAGGGAUUGUGGCAGGUCAAUUUGUGGAUAUUGAGAGUGAAGGAAAAGUAGUGAGCUUGAAAGAAUUAGAGUACAUUCAUGUUCAUAAAACAGCUAAGCUAUUAGAAGCUUGUGUUGUUUGUGGUGUAAUAAUAGGGGGUGGAAAUGAUAAUGAUAUUGAAAAGGUUAGAAUAUAUGCAAGGUUUAUAGGGUUGUUAUUUCAAGUGGUGGAUGAUAUUUUGGAUGUGACUAAGUCAUCAGUGGAGUUGGGGAAGACAGCAGGCAAGGGCUUGGUUAGUAAUAAGGCAGCUUAUCCAAAGGUGAUGGGUAUUGACGAGGCUAAAAAUUUUGCUUACCAUUUGAUGAAUCAAGUUGUUCAACAGCUUGCUUGUUUUGAUACUGCAAAGGCUGCUCCAUUGUAUCAUUUGGCAUAUUGUAUUGCUAAUCGACAGAACUAA